CAGAGACAGAACUUCGCAAAAUAAAGUAGAAAUUUCAACAGUAAAUUAAAGUGAGAAAUAUGGGUAAAAAGAAUAAAAAUAAAACCGGUGGAGGACAAAGCAGCGGUGAACCUGCACCAACUGGACCUACGCCACCACAGGGACAGCAGCGGCAACCACCGCAGCAUGAAAUGCCAACUAGUAGUGGAUCCGCUUCAGCACAACAAUCACAGCAAUCGCAAAGACAACAAGAGCAACGACCAAAGCAGCAGGAGCAAUUAAGUGGUCAACAACACCCACAGCAGCGGAAGCAAGCUCAGGGUCAACAACAACCUCAGGGACAAAAACAACAACAGAAGCAAGCACGGGGUCAACAGCAACCAAAGGGACAACAACAACAAGAACAGCAAAAGCAAGCACGGGGUCAACAACAACAGUAUGAGCAGCAGGAGCAAACAUGGCGUAAACAACAACCACAGGGACAGCAACAACAACAACAGCCGCACCAGCAACAACAACCACAGCUGCAGGAGCAAACAUGGCGUCAACAACAACCACAGCAGGAGAAGCAAGCAUGGGGUCAACAACAACCACAACAGCAGACACAAGCAUGGGGUCAACAACAACCACAACAACAGCAGCAGAAGCAACCACAGAAACAACAACAACAGCAGCAACCGAAGCAAGCAUGGGGUCAGCAACAACCGCAUGAGCAGCAACAACCACAGCUGCAGGAGCAAACAUGGCGUCAACAACAACCACAGCAGGAGAAGCAAGCAUGGGGUCAACAACAACCACAACAGCAGACACAAGCAUGGGGUCAACAACAACCACAACAACAGCAGCAGAAGCAACCACAGAAACAACAACAACAGCAGCAACCGAAGCAAGCAUGGGGUCAGCAACAACCGCAUGAGCAGCAACAACCACAGCUGCAGGAGCAAACAUGGCGUCAACAACAACCACAGCAGGAGAAGCAAGCAUGGGGUCAACAACAACCACAACAGCAGACACAAGCAUGGGGUCAACAACAACCACAACAACAGCAGCAGAAGCAACCACAGAAACAACAACAACAGCAGCAACCGAAGCAAGCACGGGGUCAACAACAACAACAGCAGCAGCAGAAGCAACCACAGGAACAACAACAACCACAGCAACGGAAGCAAGCAUGGGGUCAGCAACAACCGCAUGAGCAGCAACAACCACAGCUGCAGGAGCAAACAUGGCGUCAACAGCAACCACAACAUCAGAAGCAAGCAUGGGGUCAACAACAGCCGCCACAACAACAAGAAUUUAAACAACAGCCCAGUAGCUCAUCCUAUACACAAUCUUCUGGAGCUGUCCCGAAACAGGCAGGAGAACAACCUUCACCGCAGAGACAGACUCCUAUUCAAGCAGCAUCGCAAACUGCAUCAUCACGAUCAUCCCGUACAAGCAUUUCCCAGUCUUCUUCAUCAACUUCUAUUACAUCAUCUACGUCCCAAAGAAGCAUACAACCCGGCACUUUGGGCAUAAAAGGUGAAGUUGAAGCUAAUUAUUUGGUUUUGAAUUUAGGCAAAAUGCCUGAUAUAGCAUACCAUUAUGACGUUACUAUUACACCGGAUCGCCCUAAGAAAUUUUUCCGAAGUGCUUUCAAACAGUUCAUAAACACUCAUCUGCCUGGUCAAACCGUCGCUUUUGAUGGCGUUAAGAGUUGUUACAUGGUAGAAAGGUUACCAAAUCCAGUUUAUGAAGGCGAUGUUAAGAUAGCAGAUUCCGGUUCGAGGCAAAUACAAUUUAGAGUUUCUAUUAAACUCACAGACAAUCCCGAAGUUGAGCUGCGAUCGUUAAAAACUUACCAUAAUGAGCGUGUGUUUGACAAACCAAUGCGUGCCCUACAAUGUAUUGAGGUUGUUUUAGCAAAUGAUUGCCACAACAAAGGUAUACGUGCGGGUCGCUCCUUCUUUACACGACCUAAUAAAACAAUGGACCUCGAUGAGGGCUACGAGUUAUACACAGGACUUUACCAAGCUGCUAUAUUGGGUGAACAGCCUUAUUUAAAUGUAGAUAUUUCACAUAAGUCAUUUCCUAUGCCGUAUGAUUUGAUUACUUAUUUGGAGAGUGUAUUGAAUUGUAAUAGACAAUCCAAUUUAGACCCAAGAAACUUGCAAAGGCUAUCUAAGCACUUGAAAAAUUUGAAAGUGGUUUAUAACCCACCUCCUAGUUUUGGUGCUGGUCCACGCUCUUAUAAAGUAAACGAUAUCAGUAGAGAACCCGCUGCCACUUUGUCAUUUACCACUGACAAUGGAGAAAAGUUUACUGUUCAAAAAUACUUCCAAAGUCGUGGUUUUAAUUUGAGAUACCCUAAUUUAAACUGCGUAGUGGCGGGAUCAACAAUAAGGCCGAAUUAUUUCCCGAUGGAAUUAUGUAGCAUUGAAGCAGGACAAGCCAUCAGGAGAAAAGAUGGAAGCAGACAAGUUCAAAAGAUGAUUCGAUUCGCAGCAACAUCGACAGAUGAACGUAAACGAAAAAUUAUGCAAAAGCUCGAGUAUUUUAAUAUUAAUGCGGAUCGCCUCGUACAAGCCUUCGGUAUUAGCGUCGGCGAACAAUUUAUAAAGGUACCAAUGAGAUUGCUGAAAGCACCAGCAAUUGAAUAUCACUCGAGCAAAUACGUAGAGCCUCGUAAUGGCUCGUGGCGCAAUUUACCGUUUUUAGAAACCGGAGCAGCUUUCAAAAAAAGUGGUCAUAAAUGGGCUAUCAUAUAUACUCCAUCCAGAUUUUUGAAAUAUCCAACUUUAAUGGAUUUGGCAAACAUGUUAUAUAAUGGAGCCAAACGAAUGGGAAUAAACUUGGAUGCCCAAAAGGACAUAAAAGAAACAGGAAAUAUUGUUGCAACUUUAGAAGAAUAUAAAAGAAAUGAUUACGAUUUGGUUAUAGUUGUAAUUCCCGGCUUUGGCACCUCGUAUGCUGAUAUUAAACAGAAAGCCGAACUAGUUUGUGGUCUUCUAACCCAAUGUAUCAAAGAGCAGACUUUAAAUCGUGGUGUGAACGAUAUGUUGAUCUCGAAUUUGCUGCUAAAAGUAAAUUCAAAACUAAAUGGAUCCAAUCACAAAAUAUCGGCUAAUCAUCACGUUGUACUUGACCACGUCAUGUUUAUGGGCGCUGAUGUCACUCAUCCAUCACCCGACCAAAAUAACAUACCAAGUGUCGUCGGUGUGGCAGCCUCGCACGACCUAAAUGGCUCUGUUUACAACAUGCAAUACCGUUUACAAGAGCCAGCAAAAGAAGAGAUCGUUGACAUGCGAACCAUUGCUUAUCACCAUCUAAGAGUAUAUUUUCAAAAACAGAAAUGUUAUCCUAAAAGUAUUAUAUAUUAUCGCGACGGUGUAUCAGACGGACAGUUCCAAAAGGUGGAGAUGCUAGAACUUGGUGCUAUACGGGCCGUAUGCAAAGAAUUGGGUAUUACACCUAAAAUAACUUGCAUAAUUGUGGUGAAGCGCCAUCAUACUCGCUUUUUCCCUACAAAGCCGACUGGGGAUAAAUGGAAUAAUGUUCUGCCUGGGACGGUAGUUGAUCAGAAAAUCGUACACCCAAACGAGACGCAGUUCUUUAUGGUAAGCCACCAAUCCAUUCAAGGUACAGCAAAACCUACACGUUACAAUGUGAUUGUGGAUGAUGCCAAAAUGUCUAUGGACGAUUUGCAAAAGAUGACCAACAACUUGUGUUACAUGUUUCCUCGUUGUAAUCGCGCAGUUUCUUAUCCGGCACCAGCAUACCUAGCCCAUUUAGUUGCAGCACGUGGUCGUGUUUAUAUUGACGGACCACCACUACGGCGAGCCCUACCUGAGGAAUAUAAAAAGCGUUUGAUUAAUGAGAGGUUCAUGAAUACCACGCCGAUGUUCUUUGUUUAAAUGAGAAAUGAAAUUUCGGAUUCUCAUUCAGAUACAUAUAUUCAUCCACAUCCGAUAUACAUAGCUUAUGAUUAUUGUGUGUGUUUGAGCACCAAAUUUUCAUUUAGUCCAAUAGUUUCCCCCAAAUAACCGAUGCUUUUCUGCAAAAAAAACUUAUUUAUAGUCCAACAAACUUGGUUUCAGACGGGCUUAUUUUUUCGAUAGAAAUAAUUUUCAACUCAAAACAGCGCUUGCUACUAAUUUGGCCUUUUCACCUUCCAUCUAAUUGGGCAGUAAAAAUUGAACAUGCUGCCAUUUUGUUAAUUUUUGCGUAAAGUGUGAUAUUAUCUGAUAAAAAUGAACACUUCCGCAAUUAUUAAAGCUCUUAGACACCCACUAUCUUUAUGUUUAUCUAAAUUUUCAUAAACCACGGAAAUGCUGCUAUCACAGCCCGAAUAGAGCCCCUAUAAGCUCAUAAUAUUAGGGCCUCAAAUUCCCUGUUCUCAAUUAUAAAGGGUAUUUCAAAAGACGCGACUAGUUGCUGUUUUAAAAUAAAAUACGUGAAUUUUAGAUUAUUCAGGUUUCACUAUUUUUAUUUAAAAUACGGCUCCUAACAAUUAUAUGUGAAAAAUUACACAAUUUGAAUGUCUACCAUGAGCACGUCUACAGGUAAAAUGCCUGAGAGAGAGAGAGAUGAGAUAUCGAUACUGAAGAUUGUUCAGCAACACUUUGUACCUCAGCAGCAAUAUUCUCAACAGAACAUCCAGUUUUAGUUAGUCCUUUUCCUAUCCGAAAGAGAACCAGUUUCUUGAAAUUUGUUCACCAAAUUUGAAUUGUCGACGCAUUCAGAUUUUUCACCAAAAAAUGACGAAUUUUGAUGACGUUCUUAAGGGGUUAUACGCAGUUAUGAAGCAAAUAAAAGACGGGUUGUCAAGGAUUUAUCCUGAAGAAACUUCAGAAUAUUUUAAUUUGAAAAUUUUUGGCGGUUAUAAAAGCAUCCUUCAAGAACGUAACAAAAUUUUUUAUUUAUGAAAAUGUUGAUUAUAGAGCGCGCUGCAGGCGAUUUCUGGAACCUCCUUUAAAAAAAGACGAUUUACGGUGUACAUCGUAACUCAGGAUUGGAUUAUCUGAAAUCAAAAAACCAAACAAAUUUUGUUAAUAUAUUAGAUUAUCUAGUAAUUAAUCGUUCGGCUAAUCAAAAUAGUGAAUUUUCACAAAAUGGCAGCUUUAAAAGAAAUGAUUUCGAUUUUUACGUUAAAAUUUGGCCGUAAAUUGAUUAUAAAAUGGAAAAUAAGUAUCAGAUUUACAAAAGGAACGAUUAAUUACUAGAAAAUGUAUCUUUAAAGAUUGAGUUAAAACGGUUGACCGAUCAAACAAGCCGUUUUCGAGAUAUCGUGUACACCGACUUGAAAAAUGCCGUUUUGAAAAAAACACGUUUAAAGUUUCAAUACCUACCUUAAAACGUGCCGAGGCAUCUCUACAUAUUUAGGUAUAACUCCGAAAGUAUUGCUUAGAUCUACUUCAAAUUUCGUGCGUAUACUUUUGAAUAUAUCAAUACAUUACAAAAAUGCAAUAAAAAAACAUCGAUUUUUUUGAAAGUCAUAACUGCGUAUAACCCCUUAAAGAUCGACCAUAUUCAUAACAAGUUUCAAUAAUUUGAAUGCGUUGUUCGAUCGCCUAAAAUUGAACAUCUGUCUACUUGAAAUGUAUAAAAAACGUUCCGCUUAGGAGUAAUUCGCUACUGGCAUCUGGGCGUCACUUUUGAAAUACCCUUUAGUUAAGUAAUUGACCAAAAAAAGUUAAUAAUUGAAAAAAAACUAUUAUUGAAAAUAACAAUUUUAACAAUAAAUUUUUGCACUCAGUUAUAUUUUUUCUAUUUGCUAUUUAAUAACAAGACCUUGAUAAAACUAAUUCAAUAUCUUUGUAUUAUUCCUUAUUCCGUAUUUGCAUUAUUCACACGUAUAAAGCGCCUGUGCUUAUUUGUUUUAUUUCCAAAGCACGUAAUAAAUUUACCAAGUGCUGUA